CACAGUUAACCACACUGUUGUUACUGAAUGCAUCCGAGCUCUGCCGUCGCUGCUCCAGACUGUUUCUGAGGAAAAUGGGAUACGAUGAGUACAACAUUACCAUGGAAUCGAGACUAGGGAGCGUAUCAUCUGGAUUGGGGUGCAGCAUUGGUGUGAGAGGACAGAAUUUAAAAAGUAGCCCUUUCUGCCCUCGCUCCUCCAGCAAAUUGACACAGUCCAUCAUUAAAGACCACAUGGUGUCUCAUUACAAAAAGGUUUACUCAGCUAAAGCUGCCGUUGAUGCCUCAGUACCCAAAAGCUUGAUACACAGUGUAAAGUACAAUGACCAGAUCAGACAGGAGCGGUUAAGGAAAGGUGGUCGUCCUCAGUCGGCCCCCUCCCUCUCACAGAGGAAUAGCAGAGCCUCCUGCUCUUCAGCCCAGGGUAGAUUAUCUGUGCAAUAUGAUGACAGCCCAUACCUCUGCUCAAGGAGUUCCACGGUUUCCAGCCCAAGGUUCAGCUCCUCCUUCCAUGCCAAGGAGAUAGUCUAUCCAUCAUUUAAAGUUGGUUCUCAGAACCAUUCUCAUCACAUUCGGCCAGCAUCAGAAAUAAAAUACCGUAGCCAGGAGGCCACUUCACACAGAAAGCAGUCAGCGUAUUCACUGGGUGCUUCAGGAGAUCAGAGUUGCUACAAGACUUUCCAGGACCCUGCCCAGAAGACGUACAGCGGAGACUUGCUCCAGAAACAUUCACAGCACUUUACCAAUGACAAACCUUUCACCCCAAAGACCCUGAAAUCAGAAAAGAGUUCAUACUUGUCGCAAUAUCGCUACUACAGUGCACCACGGAGGAAACCUACUCAGGAUAGCACCAACUCAAGGUUGAUGCGACAGGAGACGAAUCAUGGCAGCACAAAAACCAAGGAGUGCACACAGGACAUUUUUGAGCCAUCUCAGGGAUUUAAUACGGAGCAUGAGUGGUCUGAAGAUGAGUUCAAUGGCACAUAUUUAUCAGCAUCUAGACAACAGAGUCGAGCAAACAAGAGCAGAGAACAUGAUUUAUUUGACUCCUCAUCCAGGUUCUCACCAGAAGUCGGGAAAUCUCACAUUAUGAAGAGUGUAUCUGCAGAGGAAGAAGAAUUAAUGUACCUUGAAUUUAUUUCUGCUGUAACGGAGGAUAUAUUGUCCAGGGGGCACAUCUCUGACAGGUAUUUAGACCGGGUGAUAAAGCGCCAUAUCGACAUGAAUCGUCAUCACCUUGAUGUGGGUAAAAUGCGCCACCUUCUGGAAGUGCUGCGUAAAGAUUUUGAAGAGCCAACCAACACAUCCAGCUGUGGUACAGAGCUUGAAAAAAAGGAGAAUGAUCUACUUGAUUCAAUCCUACCACAUCUGGAAUCAGGGGGAAAACAUGUGAAGACCAAAAAGGACAGUGACCUGUUCCCGUAUGCAUCACUGAUUAAAUAUUCCGAUUCGCCAGAUUAUGCUGAUCCCCUAUUGGUGUCCACACCCUUAUGCUCUCCUGAAACGACUGCUGCCUCACCAACUAAAGCGGAAGAGGAAGGAGCAGAUGACAAUCAAGAAGGGGGCAUUAGCUCUCCUCGGCUCAGUGAGCAUGUUUCCGAUAAUACAGGAAUUAGUGAAGAGGACCAUCAAAAUCAAAUUGGCACAACUGAGACAAGCAAAGAAGUCAGCAAUGAAAACCAUGAAUAUAACCCUAUAACCAGUGAAGAAGGAGUCCAUCAAGACCAAGCUGAAGUCAGUAAUGAUGGACAAUCUAAAGAGCUUGAGGAUCUGGGGAGAAGUUUGUCAGAGUCGCUUCAUGUGUCCAGCAAUAAACACUGCAACAAUGUGGAGACGGACACUGAGCAACAUACAAAUACCAUUGCCUCCGUCAGUGAUGAUGAGUUCUGAGCUUUGCUGUGUUCAGGGAUUGAAUGUCCUUUAAUGUUUUUGUUACCAAGUGAGUCUUUAUCCAGACAGAAAUGUAACUAACAUUUUAAUUUCUAAAAGUGUAGUCUUGUAAAUGUGAUUUAACACUAGUUGUGUUCUCCAUGUUUUAAAUGCCCUUACAAUAUGGUGUUGUAGUUUUUUAUAUUUUCACAUAAGCACAAUGACAUUUUUAUAAAAGCAAACAGGGUUUUAGCGAGCACACCGGAGACACAUACUGGCCGUAGUGGUUAAGCUCCAAUUGACCCACAGAGUAACGCUCUACAUAUUUUCUAAAUGAUGGUAACUAGUAUGAUUAUCAAAUUUGAAAAGGAUAGUCUAUAACACUGAUGUCAGACGGUGGAAUUAGUGGUAUCCUUUAGUUUGUGUUGAUUGCAGAGAGUAUGCCCAGUCAGUCUUAAGUAUGGUGCAGCUGCUGUUUACAUUUCCAGAUUUCUAGAAAAACACUUUUGUUGUAAGGAAACUUCCUCAUUUUUCAGUGCGUUUGACUUUACAUAUGCCUCUGAGAUGUAGCUACUAGGAGUUGACUGU